ACUAUUUAAACAAUCUGUGUGCUCUUAUCUGACAAUCAAUGAAAUUAUAGGAAUAUUUGUAUUUAAUUUUAAGGCAUUACAUCAUGGGUUUUUAAAUAUAUUUUUUUCAAAUCUAAGGACCACUUCCUUAGAGACAUUCACAUGACAGUUAGUAGAUCCCGCCAGAAGCUCCAACUGGUCAGCUGCAAGUCAAACACACAAAAUGGACGAACGAGAAAAGUCAGCCAUACGCAGCGUUUAUCGAGAUCUGAUCAAAGACAUUAUUCUAGAUCAGGAUUUCAAAGGAGCUCUAAUUGAAAAAAAAGUCUUCUCGACCAACAUGAUUUCAACAAUUAUGGCUGAAGAAACUCCAAUGAAUCGUAACUUCAAGAUGCUGGAACUGAUAGAAAAGCGUGGACCUGAGGCAUUCAACAAGUUUGUGGAAAUUCUAAAAGAACAACAUCUCUGGCUAGCUACCCAGCUUCUCCAAAAAUAUGAGGAAAAGAAACAGCACUGUCAUAUAACAGGUAGCCCUUAUCCUACAAAUGUAAAGUACAUGGUCACAGCAGAACCUCACCAUAACUCACCCCAAUCGGUCGAACAACACAGGAGACCAUCAAUUGACCACACAUAUCAAGAAGAUACACAAGAACCUCACCAUAAGUCUUCCCAAUGGGUGGGACAACACAGGAGACCAUCAAUUGACCACACAUAUCAAGAAGAUACACAAGAACCUCACCAUAAGUCUUCCCAAUGGGUCGGACAACACGGGAGACCAUUAUUUGACCACACAUAUCAAGAAGAUACACAAGAACCUCACCAUAAGUCUUCCCAAUGGGUCGGACAACACGGGAGACCAUUAUUUGACCACACAUAUCAAGAAGAUACACAAGAACCUCACCAUAAGUCUUCCCACUGGGUCCGACAACACAGGAGACCAUCCAUUGACCACACAUAUCAAGAAGAAAUCCAGAAUGAAAGAAAUCAGGGAAAAAGUCACCACUGCAGUACAUGUACAUGCACAGGUCACAAGAUAUCAAAAGAUUCAUGCAAUAGUCCAAUUCAAACUCUCAAUGCCAACAAAUAUGCAUAUAAAAGUUUCCAUAGCAAUGAUUGCGGCACCCAAAGUCUAGGAAGCACAAUGUCUUCAGAAGCUUCUGUAGAAAUAAGAUCACUGUUCCAGAGCCAAAUUAGACAGGGCCGUGACAAUCCUGAUGCAUUCCGACACUCAACAAGUCGGCAGUCCAGUCUUACUGAAAGCCUGCAUGAACAUUUUGAAUUGCUCUCAGUUGAAGAUUUUUACCAACAUGCCAGGGCACAGAGUCGAGUUGAGUCAAAAUCAGCACUAGGGAGGAUUCAAGAAGAAGUUGUAGGACAUGUAUCUGAACUUGGGAUGGGAAGAGCUAAUACAACUAAUAUAGAGGAUAAGUUAAAGGAUUUGUACAAUAAUCUACUGUCUUAUAACAGAGAACACACAGGUGAAGCUGAGAAUGAUAAUGCUGACAAUCUUGACACAGUUGAAAUGGUCAGAAUAGAAAUAGAUAAAGUAAAGGGAAGAAUUGAAGAGUCUGAUGACCAUAAGAUGAUGAAGAGGUGCCAGAUGUUGUUUCAAGAUAAUAAGAAUCCUUUACAUAUGAAUAUACAUAACUUAAUAACGGACUACCACAACACACAAAAUGAAAUUAAAAAAUUGAAGAGAAGGGAAGAAAAAACAGCUAAAGAUAUGUAUGAAAACCAACCAACUGAAUUCAAAAUUAGACACUUGUCUGAACAAAAAUUUGAAUUAGAAGAAAAGGUUAAAGAACUUCAAAACAAAGUCACAGAACUGGAAACAACAGUACAAUCUCUAAAAGCACAGCCUGAACAUACGAAGAGCGAAACCAGAGACCCUUAUAUUCAACAGAAUGAAGUUACAAACCAAUCACCAAGAAAACAGCAGCAGAAAGCUACAUUUAUGACAUCAAGAUGUGCAGCAAACAAUGAACAAUCUAAACCAAAGCCUAAUGAUCAGCAACAAAAACAUGUGAAAAUACAUGAGGAAGAUUCCGAAAGUAAACAGAAAGUAGAAAUUCCGAAGACUAAUUUUCCCCAUGAAGCUUCAGAUGGCUCAAAUAAACAUGACAAACGAAGCCACAGUACAAAUAAGCCUGAUGCAGCAUUCAAACACACAAACACAACUCCAAGAAGGCUUACAGUACCACAAAGAACAGACAAGGUGGCAAAUUACACGAAACAGCAGGCUACAGUUAUGAAAGCCCCCAUGCAGACUGGUAUGGCAUCAUUUAACUUUCAGGUUCAAGAACAAGAUCCAAAAUCAAGACAAAGAACUGGUGGUUUAAAAGCCCUUCAUUCACCUCAUAAGUAGUACUUGCUAUCAAUGAACAGUCUCAAUCAAACCGAGACUGCUGUAAGCCGGUCAUCAGGGGCUUUGACAGUGUUUCACCAUCCAUUGCUAUCAAUGAACAGUCUCAAUCAAGCUGAGGCUGCUGUAAGCCGGUCAUCAGGGGCUUUGACAGUGUUUCACCACCCAUUGCUAUCAAUGAACAGUCUCAAUCAAGCUGAGGCUGCUGUAAGCCGGUCAUUAGGGGCUUUGACAGUGUUUCACCACCCAUUGCUAUCAAUGAACAGUCUCAAUCAAAUUGAGACUGCUGUAAGCCGGUCAUCAGAGGCUUUGACAGUGUUUCACCACCCAUUGCUAUCAAUGAACAGUCUCAAUCAAAUUGAGACUGCUGUAAGCCCGUCAAUAGGGGUGUUGACAGUGUUUCACCAUCCAUAGUUAUCAAUGAACAGUCUCAAUCAAGCUGAGGCUGCUGUAAGCAGGUCAUAAGGGGCUUUGACAGUGUUUCACCACCCAUAGUUAUCAAUGAACAGUCUCAAUCAAGCUGAGGCUGCUGUAAGCCGGUCAUAAGGGGCUUUGACAGUGUUUCACCAUCCAUAGUUAUCAAUGAACAGUCUCAAUCAAGCUGAGGCUGCUGUAAGCCGGUCAUAAGGGGCUUUGACAGUGUUUCACCAUCCAUAGUUAUCAAUGAACAGUCUCAAUCAAGCUGAGGCUGCUGUAAGCCGGUCAUAAGGGGCUUUGACAGUGUUUCACCAUCCAUAGUUAUCAAUGAACAGUCUCAAUCAAAUUGAGACCGCUGUUUUCAUACUACAAAGGUAGAUUGUUGUUUUGAAGGAUCUCUCUUCCAAACUUUAUUUGUUUCAAUCAGUAUUUCCCCCAACAUCCAUUCAAGGUGUCAGUGCCAACAUCAUUACAAAGGUUAAGCUGGCAUUCCAACAUGCUUUGAUUAUCUCAACAUGCUCAAUCCCAGAAUAUCCUGUGUCACGCAACCUAACCCAUCUCAUUUAUUACUGACAUCCUGUCAUAAAAUCCCAGAGAAAUGAUAAAGUAUCAGUAUAAAUGUACUCAGUCCCAGUAUAUUUUGAAAUCUUCAACCCUGAUUCCAAAUUACGACUGUUUUGAUUGUUAAGACAUUAUUGUUUUAUUUCAUACAUGAAAUACUGAAAUCACAUCAUUUGUUUUUGAGUGAAGAUUUAUCCUCACGGAGUGACUGGAUCAUUUUUUUAACCAGGAUUAUUGACAAAUGACAUAAAUUGUCAUGCCUGCUAUGUUUGCUUUAAAUAAAACAGAACUGCUCAGUCUAUUUUUCAGCUUAAUAACUAGCAUCAUUUAUAAGUCCAAAAGCUGGUGUUUUUAAUGUAUUCAAAUGAAAACUUUUUCUAAAAAUAAUAAAAACAAAAAAUUUGGCCUGCAGCAGGAUUCAAACUAAGGUGCUCUGGGUGUGCAGUCAGGGACCAUAUCCAUAACAUCACAGUAUACAUGUACUCUGAUAGGGUUUUAUAUAAGAUAAAUGUCAACAUUGAAAUGUUUAUUGUAAAUGUGUUUUUUUUAAACUGUUGAUGGUUGUUGGAAGAUACUUUAAAACAGUUAUCAUUUUUGUAGCCACCAUUAUUUUUGCUAUCAGGUAGUUGAUUAAUGACAAGCAUUCAAGAGGCCUAAUUCACCCAGACUGAGUGAUGUUUUUAUUCCUUAAUAUAAACAAAUACAUACAUACAUGCUUUCAUGUUAUCCAAACUCUUAAAGAUUUUUUUAUUCUUAUAAUCAGAACUAAAUUUUUAUGAGCAUCUUAACAUCACUGUUAAUGUCACUAUUUUCAUUGUUGCUGUUGCUGUUGAUUUUUUUGUUGCUGUUGUUGUUGUUUUGUUAUUCAGAAUAAAAAGU